AUGGCGGAUCAAUCGCAACAGCAGCCGCCGCAACCUCCUCCCCAGGGCCCUCCCCAGGGUUCUCAGGGUCCGCCUCAAGGUCCUCCUCAGGGCCCCCCGCAAGGCGGUCCUCAGAUUCAAUUCAGAGGUCCCCCGGGCGCUCCGCCGCCGACGCCAGAGCAGAUUGCGAUGAUGCAGAGACAGCUACAGGACCAGGCGCAGAAGAUGGGAAUGUCUGUUCCUCAGUUCAUCGAACAUGUCAGAAAACAGCAGAUGGCUCAGAUGGCCGCCCGCGCACAACAAGCUCAGCAACAGGGCGGCCAAGGGCCACCUCAAGGACCAGGCGCUCCGCCAGGUCAGGGCCAAGGUCAAGGCCAAGGCCCGCCUCAGCAACCUCAGCAACCUCAACAGCAAGGCCAACCGCAGCCCGUCCAGCCUGGGCCCAAGAAUCCUCUUGCCGUAGCCUUGGCCGACUGGCUGCGUAAGCAGGACCUGAAACCUCGAACCGUCAUCUUCAACGGAGAGCGCAAGGACAUGUUCCGUGUCAAGAGAGCUCUGCGCGCCAUACAGUCCCCCGCAUACGAAAAGCUACGAAAGAAGCACCCCGGUCUCCCCGAGAUCACAGACCGCGCCAGCCUCGAGAACUGCUUCAAGCUGCUCCCCAUGUCUAUGCUCGCCCUGCGUGUCAACAAGGUCGACCCCCACGAGGGCCACGACCACGGAAAGAAGAAGGGCAAGCGUGUUAAGGGGCAGUGGACUGUCAAGAUCGAGCAACAGCAGGAGGCGCAAGACGACAUGUACUACAUCUGGUUCUACGAAGGUAGCCAGCUCAUGCGCAAGGUCUACGCAGUCCUCGCCCUCGUUGCCAUCUUCAUCGUUGUCCUGUACCCCCUGUGGCCUCUGUUCCUUCGCCAGGGCGUCUACUAUCUCAGCUGGGGUUUCCUGAUGCUACUCGGUCUGUUCUUCGCCAUGGCCAUCUUCCGUGUCAUUCUAUUCGGUAUCACCUACUUCCUGGUUUCUCCCGGUCUGUGGUUGUAUCCCAACCUCUGGGAGGAUGUCUCAUUCAUGGACAGCUUCCGACCUGUUUGGGCUUGGCAUGAGACUGCAAAGCCCAAGAAGAAGAGCAAGAAAGCCAAGGGCGCCAACGCGGAGGCCACCGCACACCUGGCCGGCGUUACUGGUCAGGCCGCCCCGGCAAGCGCUAAUGUUACCGGCACCACUACUCAGAUCCAAACAGCUGCCCAACAGCAACCAGCUUCGUACAUCGGACCUCGUGUGGAGGAAGUUGAGGAUGACGAGUAA